CAAGGCACAAACAAUUCAUCCACAAACCCAUAAACCACCUCUCUGUCUCUCUCUGUGUCUCACAUUUUUGCCUAUUUUCUUUAACUCUACCCCAACACUGCUGAUUCUCAUUUCCUCCCAAACCCUCAACCAAAAACUUAGAUCUUCAUACAAGAGAGCCCAGAAGUAUCUAACAAAAAAACCAUCUCAGACUCACAUGAAGAGUGCAGAAAAGAGGCAUGGCUUGACUUGAUUCAGCUGUUUCACCUGAAAAUCUGCUGCCAGAUGCUUCAAACCCUUUUCUGUUGAAACCAGCAGUUACACGAUCAGUCAAAGAUACCGUCCCCCAAAUCAAGAACCCAAAUCAAGAACCCUAUUAUCGUUUCUCUUAUCUGAUCAGUUGGUUCUUUGUUGCAUGUGCUAUCUACUUGUUUAAUUAGGUUUGAAAUUUGAAGGGAAGAAAACAAAUGGACCCAGUAACAGGUCAUGGCCGCCCACUUCCUCCUUUCCUCACAAGAGAUCUUCAUCUAAACCCGCAACAUCAGUUUCAACACCACCAACAACAACAGCAACAAAGCUCCGAGGACGAACAAAACCGUGGCAAAAAACGAGAUCGAGAAGAAACGGCCAACACCAUGGGAGGCGGAGGCACUUCCGGUACAGACACCAGUGAAGGCAAAGAACCAUCUAUAGUCCCCGGUGCUGAAGGUGAAAUCACGAGGAGACCACGAGGCAGACCAGCGGGUUCCAAGAACAAGCCUAAGCCACCUAUCAUCAUAACUCGUGACAGUGCCAAUGCUCUCCGAUCUCACGUUAUGGAAAUCGCCGACUGCUGUGAUGUUAUGGAAAGCGUUUCGAAUUUCGCCAGGCGAAGACAAAGAGGGGUUAGCAUUUUGAGUGGGAGCGGAACUGUAACGAAUGUGACCUUGCGCCAACCUGGUGCUCCUGGUGCAGUCGUGACUUUACAUGGAAGAUUCGAAAUUUUAUCUCUUUCUGGGUCGUUUUUACCCCCUCCGGCACCGCCGGCUGCGUCGGGGUUAACCAUAUAUUUAGCCGGUGGUCAAGGACAGGUGGUUGGAGGAACCGUGGUGGGUCCACUUGUUGCUUCAGGUCCAGUGGUGAUUAUGGCGGCUUCUUUUGGUAAUGCGGCGUAUGAAAGGCUUCCAUUGGAAGAAGAGGAGCCACCGGCGGCGCCGGUUCCUGGAAGUGGACCCUUAGGCUCACCGGGAAGCAUGGCUAGUGAACAACAGCAGCCGGCGCCGCCCCAGCAGCAACAACUAUUGCAAGAUCCGAACGGAUCUUUCGGCCAAGGAUUGCCACCAAAUCUUCUGAACUCAGUCCAAUUACCCGCUGAGGCCUACUGGGCCACAGGUCGUCCCUCUUAUUAACAAACAGGAAUGUUUCCUCCUUCUCCCCCCCCCCCUCGUAUCACUUCUCUUGUUUGUUUGACCUGUUGAUCGCCUUCAUUCUUCUUCUUUGAUAAGUCGGUGUUUUAAUAUGCUGAUCAUCAUGGGAUUCAUCUGGGUUUAAUUUGAAGAAGGAUGUACAAAUUUAAUGGAUUUCUCUUUGGUGGGUUUUUUUAGUACUAGUAUUUUACAAUUUUAGUUUAUUUUCUUUCAGUUGUCACUCAUUACAGUAGCUUAACGAAGAAGAAGCACCAGAAGGUGGCGGCCAUUUCAUUUCUGUCACCAUUUCUUUUCCAAGUUGCCUGAGAAUUGUUCUUACGACA